AUGAAGAAGGCAUUGUCUGUGGGAACUGAAACUGCUGAGGACGCCCUCUUCUUUCAUAUUGAAACUGCCAAAAAGGUUAUCAAAGGAGCAAAAUCUGUGAAAAAGGAAAUUUCGGAUAUACGGCACAUGAAAGUUCAUUAUGAAACCACUGGAGAGGGAGCUGAAGAACUGACUAUUCACAAAAAGGCAUUGUCUGUGGGAACUGAAACUGCUGAGGACGCCCUCUUCUUUCAUAUCGAAACUGCCAAAAAGGUUAUCAAAGGUGCAAAAGCUGUGAAAAAAGAAAUUUCGGAUAUACGGCACAUGAAAGUUCAUUAUGAAACUGCUGGAGAGGGAGCUGAAGAUCUGACUGUUCACAAACAACUCAAGAAAAGCCUUCUUAAUGUGGUGCGUGGCUAUAUCAACAUGUUUGAAACGAUGCAAACAGUAAUCAAAUGGAUAUUCAUUCCGUUGACGUUAUUCUGGCCAUUCGUUUCGACUGCUUUAUUCACUUUCAAGUUCAAUUAUCGUGAGGAUUUUGAAAACCAUUACUUGACGGAGGAGUUCGAAAAGAUUGACCUGGAUAUGGCCUUGAAAGGUCGAACAAAGGCGCUUCCUUUGAACAAAGAUGAAAAAAUUCUGGUAAUUGCAUGUUUUACUCCAAUUCCAAUUUCGACGCAAAUGGGUGUUCAGCCUUUGUUGAAAAAAAAAGUAAUCCUUAGUAUCUACUAUUAUACUAAUACUAUUCAGUUUUAGUA